CCAUUCAUUUAUCAUAUCAAAGCAAAUCUUAUGAGCUGUCAAAACAGCCUUUCACAUUGCAUCAUUUGCAUGUCUAGCUUUAUAUAUAUAUUCACUCGUAUAAUAUCACUUAUUCCCUCCCUUAGCUUCAUUAAUCACCAACAUGGAUAUUCAUAGUAACCAUGGUGCAACUUCUGAAGGGAUUCUUGAGAAUGUGUGGGCCAAAAUCAUGAGCAGUGAUAGAAAAGAUGGUAGAAAAGGUGAUGCAGCAGAAUCUUCAAACUCUUGGGAAGAAUUGCCUAGUCUUGAUGGAAGAGAAAGAGAAGGGUCCAUGGAAAUUCUACAAAGGCUUCCAAGUUUAGGGAGGUGGAUAUCAAUGGGAGCUGAUUUCUGGGAAGAAGUUUUGGAUGGUAUUAUUCCACCUAAGGCAAGCAAUAGAGAAGAUUCUAGCAAUAACGAUUUGGAAAUUGGAAGAAGUGCUACUAAUCAAUCUAAUAAGGUGGAAGAAGAUGGUGUCAUGAGAAGAGAUAAGAGAAUUGCAAAACACUACAGGGGAGUUAGGAGAAGGCCAUGGGGUAAAUAUGCUGCUGAGAUUAGAGACUCAUCCAACAAAGGUGCUAGGGUUUGGCUUGGAACAUUUGACACUGCUGAAGAAGCAGCUUUAGCUUAUGACAAAGCUGCUUUGAGGAUUAGGGGUCCCAAGGCAUACCUUAAUUUCCCACUUGAGAUGGUUGCGAGUGCUUUAGGAUCAUGUGACCACCACAAAGGAAAUGGUCUUACAUGCACAUGCAUAGGGAACAAAGAAAAAACUAUCAAGAAGAGAGGAUCAAGGGAAAGGGAAGCAUUUAAUGAUAUCAUGAAUGAACAAUCUGCAACAAAAAAGGUGGCAGGCUUGGAAUGCAUGGUAGAAAAAGAACUAGGUGUUUUUGUGUUUCAGGACUUGGGAAGUGAUUACUUGGACAGUUUGUUGUCUUCUUUUUGACAAAAUCCUCACCAUUACAAUAGUUGAUUAGUCACAUAUAGAAAUAUUAUAGUGAUUUGUCUCAUAUUUUGCAUAUCUUUUGCUGUAUUUGUCCUCAAACUGCCAUGUUAACGAUUUGGCAGAAUAAUAAAAUGCCUAAAAAGAUCAUGAUUAAUGUGUAUAGUAACAUUUUGGAAUGUAGAUUUUUGACAUUUAUAUAAUUGAAUGUAAAUGAGGUCAUGUAAG